AUGCAUGUCUUUAACGUUAGUAAGUCAUUCUAUUCUUUAUUUUCAUCUUGUGAGUUUAGAUGAGAAACUACAAGUAAUGGUGGUUGACUUGAACGGAUUGGUCAGAUGGAGAGGGAAUGAUGUUGUAAUCGACUUGAAAUCUAUUGUAACGGAGCCUAAAAUGCAAGACCACACUUUGGAGUUGGUCUCUUCGGAUGCUUAUCCGCUCACUACAGGGUCUGAUACGGAUCCCAUUGCAUAUCUGGGGACGUGGUAAGAAAGAAGGAGAUAUUACACGUGAUUGUUUUUGUAUGAAGCUUUAGUUUCCUGUUUCUUAUUGUCAGUGUUUUAGUUGGGUAGUGUAUGACCAGUUAUUCGCUCCCCAUUCGUUCUUUGCCGCCUUGUUUCAAGUGAACAAAGAUUACCAAGUGAGCCAAUGGAUGAGGAUCACUCUCCCAGAUGCUCCCACGUUCACCAAGUUUAUCGCAUCGAAUCCUACAGCUCCGGACAAUCUUUACUGGUCGAUCUUCAGUCAUUCCAAAGGCGCAGAUCUUUUUGAAAUUAACAGAAACGUCAAGGUAACGUAUUUGUGCAAUGAUUUGUAAUGUUCUUCAUCUUUAGGUACCAUUCAACAAGAGAAUAGCGGGACCCAGAAGUGUUGUGGACAACUUUCGAGCUCUGGACAUCUCUGAUCUCCCGGGAUCCGUCCUAAGAUGCGAUACUUGGGCGUCGAAUUCGAUCAGAGUUGUUGUGGCUGGAUUCGAUACAGGCUAUGUGAUUGCUUCGAUCUCUCCGAUAAAUACAAAUACUGUUUCCGACAGGUAAUAAAUACCAUCUAUGACUAACGGUGCUUAGGAAAACCCUGAAGUUCAGUGGACCAAUCAGCAUCCUUCAAGUAGUCCAACCCCAGUCAGCGACCAGCCCAGCGAUGGUCCUGGUAUCAUCAACUAUUGGACCCGCUACUAUCUGGGCAUUACGAAUAGAGGUAAAUAUAAGUGUUGCUAUGACUAGGUAAAUUUGUUUAGAAAAACAAGAUCUUCUGGGAAUUGCGAACUCAGUUUACGGAAUCAGAAGUCUACGAUGCAGUAAUAACUGCGACAACUACCAAACAAUUCAUUCUUAUUGGCACUUACGGAGAGGUAAGAGACAACUUUAAAAUUCUGAAGUUGUUUAGCAACUACUUAUCUACUCCCUGGAAGAUUCGCUCAGAUAUUCGGAAAUAUCUCCUCUGGCAACACUGAAUGUCGCUUCACCUAUAUUAUCUAUAGUCCCUGUUGAAAACGACAACGCACUAUUCGUUCUUUCUUCGAAAGGAUUCCAUCAAUAUGUUCAACUAGAUAGCGCUCAGCAACCAAUGGGCAAUAUCGAAGAAGGCUUAUCUUCCACAUUCGAGUCCUCUCCAAAGAAUUCCCAGAUUCUCAAACCUCCAAUCGUGUAA